AUGCUCUCGAUAUUGGACAAUGCACCUGAUGUUCAGACACGAAAGCUGCGCCAGCAGUAUCUCGGACCUUCUGAAGUAGAACGCGCCAUUCGACGAGUCAUCGAUGCCCAACUCGACAACGCUCCGCUCCGUGUGCUCCACACCACCACAGGUCUCUUAUGCGAUCGAGAGACGCAGAUGGACGCAUUCAAAAUGAGCAUGCUGUAUAAGGAGCUUGUGUCAUCAGCAAUCGCGCAUGUAGACUUGCACAUCGAGCACAUCGAAGAAGUGGUCAAGAGAUACCUAAAAUAUGCCAUGCUAUCACAUAGGUGGGAAGGCAAGGAGCCGCUGCUGCAGGAUAUCCAGGGCAAGUGCGUGUAUGACCCAGAGUUGGAUCAAGUUGGCGGCAUGACGAAGCUGCGGUCGUUCUGCAAAACUGCUCUUGAUGCGGGGUAUAACUGGGCAUGGAGCGAUACAUGCUGCAUCGACAAGAGCAACAAUGUCGAAGUGCAAGAAUCGGUCAACUCCAUGUUUGUAUGGUAUCAUCAUUCCACGCUCACGAUCGUCUACCUGUCUGAUGUUGCACCUUCAUCAAACUCUGGCGGGCUGACAAAGAGUGCUUGGAACACGCGUGGAUGGACGGCUCAGGAAUUCGUCGCUCCCAAAGUCAUUCUCUUUUAUCAGAACAAUUGGACUCUUUAUCGUAAUGAUCGUACUCCCAACCACAAGGAUUCCAUCGAAAUCAUGCAUGAGAUAAAGGACGCAACGGGAAUAGACCGACCAGCCGUUGCAGCCUUUCGUCCUAGUAUGAAUGGCGCCCGAGCCAAACUCCAUUGGGCGUCGACCCGCAUCACCACACGCCAGGAAGACAUCGCAUACUCUUUAUUUGGCAUCUUUGGCGUCCGUCUACCUGUAGACUAUGGCGAGAAGCAGGACAAGGCUCUCGGGCGGCUCCUGCAGGAGACCGUGGCUCGGUCGGGCGACAUCAGUUGUCUGGAUUGGGUCGGAGAAUCAUCAGAGUUUAACAGCUGUCUACCAGCCUCCAUCACUUCAUACAAAGCUCCACCAUGCGAGCUACCACCCUUACCCGAAGAUGACAUUCAGUCAUCGGUUUCUUUAUUGCGAAGAACGGGGGUUGCCGAUUUCGCUUCAAACUUUUAUACUCGACUUCAGAACACGAGCGCCCCUCGCUUCGCGGCACAAAGACUGCAUCUGCCUUGUAUUGCAUUCAAUGUCACAGAAGUCAGACGCCGGGUGGGUAGUCCAAUUCCGGAAAGUCAUCUCACGUAUGGGGUGAAGGCAGACGGACUUCACGACUUACUUAUCACUACCGGAGAGACCCUGGUUAAAUUCUGGCCGGCAAGGCCCAUCGAGCAACAAUUUUUCCUCGUCCGUCCCUGGGAUCGGUCUCUUCUGGAGCUACCUGACUUUACAGAAUUUCCGAAACCGUCUGACUAUGGAGAUGAUACGGAGAGUGAGGAGGAUUAUGGGACGCCGCCUUCUUCUCCGUCAGACGACUGGUCUGGUGGUUCUCAUGUAAAACAGGGGAUGUCUGACCUAGAAUCACGAGCACUGCGGUUGCUCGUUCACCUUGGGCAGCCUUUCGGCGCAUUUUUGCUGGCGCAACAGCGCAGUGGAGAAUUCAAGAGGAUUGCGACGGAUCAUGAUAUCAUUGGACAAGUCCAGGACGUGGUUUCUGUUGGAGACUUGAUGGACAUCAGGACCAUAGAAAUAUUGUAG